AUGUCCACGUCCACACAAGUUCAAGUCGUGGAUGGUGUGGCACUCAAUCAGAUUUUCAAUGGGCUCAAGCUGGUAAAAGAGGAAGAACGCAUCCGAAGCGCCUUGGAACUACGCAGUUUUCUUGCUUCUAUAGCUAGAGACUUGACAGGGGAACAGUUCAACAGAUACAACAAUGAAAUCAACAAGACAAUCUUUGACCUACUACAAAGUAAGGAUGCAGCACAAACACUUGGAGGUAUCGCUGCGCUCAAUGCCUUGAUAGACUUUGAUAGCGGAGUAGGCGAGGAAAAUGCCACCAAGACAGCGAGAUUCUCCAACUAUCUUAGCUCGUUUAUUCUUUCUAAUGAUUUGAAGAUUAUGAAGGAGGCUACUAAGACUUUGGGUAAGUUGGCUACGCCAGGUGGUACUUUAACGGGAGACUUUGUUGAUUUUGAGGCUAAGAGGGCCAUUGAAUGGCUUCAAAGUGAUAACCGUCAGCACGAGAACAGACGCCAUGCUGCUAUCUUGAUUCUUACUGCCUUAUCUGAAAAUGCACCAUUGCUCCUUCAAGGCUACAUCAACCAAGUUUUGGAGCAUAUUUGGGUUCCUCUUCGAGACCAUAAGCUUAUCAUUAGAAAUGACGCGGCAAUUACUCUUCAGAGAUGUAUUUCUAUAAUAUACUCGAGAGAAGUUGAGGUACGGAGACGCUGGAUCCAUCUUUUAAUCGACCAGGCGUCUUCUAUCCUCGGCCGCGCCGAUGCCAUGGAGAAGUCAAACUCGCAUGAUAGCAACGGGCUCGCUACAGGUUACAGCUUGAUUACUACGGCUCUGUCUCCUUCUAACGAAACCAUUCAUGGUGCAUUGCUUGUCUACAGAGAAUUGCUUAGGUACCAUAGUGACCCUUACAUCAAGUCUAUGUUCGGCACCAUCUAUGAGAAUGUUUCACUCUACAAGGGACAUAAGGUGUCUUAUAUCAGACAAGAGUUAACAAAAAUCUAUCCUAUCUUGUGCCGAGUGAACCCCGAAUUGUUCGUGGAAAAAUAUUUGCAUCGUACGUUGUACUACUACCUCACACAGCUUAAAAAGUACAAGAAUCUGCAUAACGAGGCCAGCAAUCUUGACAAGUCUGCCAUUUUAGAAAGCAUCGGUUUACUUGCUUUGGAAGUUGGUAACCAAAUGGCCACAUACUUGGACGCUAUCUUGGAUAACAUCAGAGACGGUCUUUCAUAUCCUGCUAACUCGGGCGUUCAGCUGAUUUUAGCGAACGCUGUCAGUAAAGGUGAGACUUCAGGUACUGCUAUCUCGUCUAUUUCUGCAUCAACUUCAGGCUCGGCGAAGUACAGAGCUACACGUAAGGACACGGAACCAGCCAUAUUUGACUGUAUUGGAAAGUUAUCCAUUGCAGUCGGUCCAGCACUUACAAAGCAUUUACAACGUGACAUCCUAGACAUGAUGUUCAGCAAUUGCUCAUUGUCAGAGCACAUGGAGAACGUGCUUCAAACUCUCAUUACGAACAUUCCUUCGCUUCGACCCACUGUUGAUAAAAAGCUUCUCAACCUUCUAAGCUUGGUACUUUCCGGAAAGACAUUUCAGCCACCUGGCUCACCAUAUGGGUCUACAAAAAUCAACGAGUCAUUGGCUCGCGACUUCAGACUCAUCAUGAUAUCUAGAGAUACUGGUAUGAGUGUCAGCAGCAUUCUCAACAACCCUGAGACCUACCGCGCUCAUGAUAGUGAGCUUGUGGUUCAUGCUUUGAAGAUUCUUUCGCAUUUUGAAUUCCAGGACUACCAAUUGAAUGAGUUCGUAAGGUAUUGCAUCAUCACCUACCUCGAUAGUGACAGUUCUAAGAUUCGUCAAACAGCGACAGCAACAUCGUGCAAAAUUUUCAAUAAAGAUCCAAUAUGCCAUCAAAUGAGUGUGAACGCUUUGGAUGCCGUGAAUGAGAUUGUCGAAAAAUUGUUAUGCGUUUCCAUCACCGAUCCCGUCGCUGAAAUCAGAAUCGAGGGCUUGACUUGUCUUGAUAGAGCUGGAAAUUUUGAUCCUCAGCUAUCUCAGGCCUAUAAUGUCAAACAGCUCUUUGUUGCUCUCAACGAUGAAGUCUUCAGCGUACGUAAAGUUGCUGUGAAGAUUCUUGGUAGACUCUCAGCUAUCAACCCUGCUUACAUUGUCCCUUCGCUUCGAAAGACGUUGAUCCAAUUAUUGUCCAGGCUAGAAUACGCAAAUACUAGUCGUAAGAAGGAGGAAACUGCUACGCUCUUGUCCGUCCUUAUCGUUCACUCCAAGGAGCUAACAAAGCCAUAUAUCAAACCAAUCGUUGAAGCAUUGCUUCCGAGGACUAAAGACGUUAGCUCUUCUGUUGCUGCAGCUGCCAUAAGCUGUAUUGGAGAGGCGUCAGUGGUUGCUGGAGAAGAUAUAAAGCCAUUCCUUUCGGACCUCAUGCCGCUCAUUUUGGAUACUUUCCAGGACCAAAGCUCCUCAUACAAAAGGGAUGCCGCACUUAAGGCACUUGGUCAACUAGCAAGCUCUUCUGGAUAUGUUAUUCAACCUUUAUUGGACUACCCGCAAUUAUUAGGAACUCUUGUGGGUAUCUUGAAGUCCGAAACAUCUCCUCGUAUUAGAAGAGAGACUGUCCGUCUUUUGGGUAUUUUGGGAGCAUUGGACCCAUAUAAGCAUAGAGAAGUGGAGCAGACGUCUCAGAAAAUUCCAGUCGAACAAAACGCUCCACCGGUCGAUAUUGCUCUCCUUAUGCAAGGCAUGUCUCCAUCUCAUGAUGAGUAUUAUCCUACUGUUGCCAUCAAUAAUCUUAUGAAAAUCUUGAAAGAUCCAUCUUUGAGCUCUCAUCAUAACAAGGUUAUCCAGGCUAUCAUGUACAUCUUCCAGACAUUGGGCUUAAGAUGUGUGUCUUUCCUCCCACAGAUCAUUCCUGGAGUCAUCAAAGUUAUGCACACUUGCCAGGCUAGCAUGCUUAAGUUUUACUUUCAGCAGUUGGGUGCUCUUAUUCUCAUCGUUAAGCAGCACAUUAGGCCAUUCUUGGGUGAUAUAUUUGACGUCAUCAAGGAGUUCUUCAACAGCAUUACCAAUGUGAAUGUUCGUGUCAUCAUAAUUCACUUGAUUGAGUCGAUUUCAAAGGCUUUGGAAGGAGAAUUCAAAAUGCAUUUGCCUGACAUCUUACCAUUAAUGCUUGAUUUGAUUGAGGAGGACAAGUCUCCUGAACGUGAGCCAACGAUCCAUGUGCUUAGAAGCUUUGUCGUAUUCGGAAGCAACAUCGAGGAACAUGUUCACAUUGUUGUUCCUACUAUAGUAAAGAUGUUUGAAGUUGGCCCCACAAACUUGCGGAAAGCAGCUAUUGAAACCGUUGGAAAGUUGUCAAGGAACAUUACCCUCACGGAUAUGGCCUCCAGAAUUGUGCAUCCGCUUUUGCGUGUCUUGAGCGAAGGAAACGAAGAGCUCUCACUGGCUUGUAUGAAUACUCUUUGUUGUUUGAUCUUGAGUUUAGGCAACGAGUUCAUUGUCUUUUUCCCUGUGAUCGAGAAGCUUGUUGCAAAGAUGUUAAAUGGCGAUCCUUUACCCACAAACUUCAACAUUUAUAAGGAUCAUGACUUGCAUAUGUCACACUUUGAUCUCCCUGACAUUGACAUGCCAUCUAAGAAACUUCCAGUCAAUCAGGCUGCCUUAAAGGCUGCUUGGGAGUCGUCACAGAGGAACUAUACCAAAGAAGACUGGCAAGAGUGGAUUGGAAGAUUGAGUAAAGAGUUGCUCAAACAGAGUCCUUCACACGCCAUUAGAGCAUGUGCUGGUUUAGCAUCUGACUAUCAUCCAUUGGCAAAAGAUUUGUUUAACUCCAGUUUUGCUUCUUGUUGGAGUGAACUUUACUCUCAGCACCAGGAAGAGCUCAUCGAAUCAUUUUGCAUAGCAUUGUCGUCGCCAAAUAACCCUCCUGAGAUUCAUCAAAUUCUUCUUAAUUUAGCAGAGUUCAUGGAGCAUGACGAUAAGUCUUUACCUAUCGCUAUAACCGCCCUUGGCCAGUAUGCGCAGAGAUGCCACGCUUAUGCUAAGGCUUUGCAUUACAAGGAAUUAGAGUUUUACGAGGAACCAACCACUCCAACAAUUGAAGCGUUGAUUUCCAUCAAUAAUCAACUCCAACAAUCAGAUGCUGCCGUUGGUAUUUUGAAGCAUGCCCAGAUUCAUCAUGACCUUCAAUUGAAGGAGACUUGGCAUGAAAAGCUUCAAAGGUGGGAUGAUGCCUUGCGUGCUUAUAAUGAAAGAGAGAAACUUGAGCCUGAUAACAUGGAGAUUGUGAUGGGUAAGAUGAGAUGUUUGCAUGCUUUGGGAGAAUGGGACCAACUUUCUGAGUUGGCACGCUCUAAGUGGAACACGUCUUCCAAUGAUACCAAACGUAAUGUCGCUCCAUUGGCAGCUGCCGCGGCUUGGGGUUUGGGCCAAUGGGACAGAAUGGAUGCUUACAUCAAGGUUAUGAAGUACGAGUCUCCUGACAAGGCUUUCUUCAGUGCCAUUUUGAGUCUUCACCGGAACAACUUCGAGGAAGCUUCGAACCAUAUCUUAAAUGCCCGUGACUUGUUAGUCACCGAAAUCACCGCCUUGGUCAGUGAGAGUUACAACAGAGCAUACGGUGUUGUUGUCAGAGUGCAAAUGUUAGCGGAGCUCGAGGAGAUCAUCAGAUAUAAGUGUUUGCCUCAGGGCUCUGAGAAGAGAGCUCUUAUCCGGAAAACAUGGAAUACUCGUCUUUUAGGAUGUCAAAGAAACGUUGAUAUUUGGCAGAGAAUGCUCAAAGUACGUGCUUUAGUGAUAAAGCCUAAACAAGAUAUGGACAUGUGGAUUAAGUUUGCAAACCUUUGCAGGAAGUCAGGCCGUUUCAAUCUUGCUGAACAGUCUUUGAAUAAUCUCUUGGAAGGGGGAUCCAGUGAAAACCCAUCCAGAGCUCCACCGCAGGUGGUGUAUGCCCAAUUGAAGUAUAUGUGGGCUAAAGGACAGAGAAGAGAGGCAUUGCGUCAUUUGGUUGAUUUCACGACUCGUAUGUCCCAAGAUCUUGGAUUGAACCCUAAUGACUUGAUCACCCAACCAAUUCCAUCUGAUGGUCCUGGAAUCCCCAAGCACGUGGAAGAAUACACUCGCUUACUUGCUAGGUGUUUCUUAAAGCAAGGUGAGUGGCAGAUUGUACUCAACAAUAACUGGAGGACGGAAACUUCUGAGAUCAUUCUUGGUGCAUAUCUUUUGGCAACCCACUUUGACGACAAGUGGUACAAGGCAUGGCACAACUGGGCCCUUGCUAACUUCGAAGUCAUUUCGCUCUAUACCCAGAAUAAUAGAGGCAGUAUAACCACAAAUGUCAUGGAGCAGAACGAUACGAUGGACAAACAAGCUCAACAGCUGCAAAUGAUUUCCAUGGAGGUUGUGCAGAGACAUGUUAUCCCCUCUAUCAAGGGUUUCUUCCACUCGAUUUCGUUGUCCAACUCCAGCUCUCUUCAAGACACUUUGCGUUUGCUUACUUUGUGGUUUAAGUUCGGUGGUAUACCAGAGACGGCUAGAGCCAUGGCAGACGGAUUUAGCAUGGUCAAGAUUGACAACUGGUUGGAGGUCAUUCCGCAAUUGAUUUCUCGUAUUCACCAGCCUAACCAGAUUGUCAGUCGGUCUUUGUUGGGUCUUCUCACAGAUCUAGGAAAGGCCCAUCCACAGGCAUUAGUGUACCCAUUGGCAGUUGCUGUGACAUCAGACUCUGUUAACAGAAAGAAGGCCGCCUUGUCCAUUAUUGACAAGUUGAGAAUCCAUUCGCCUACUUUGGUUGAACAGUCUGAAUUGGUCAGUCAUGAGUUGAUUAGAGUUGCUGUCUUGUGGCUCGAACAGUGGUACGAAGGUUUGGAGGACGCAUCCAGAUUGUUCUUUGGUGAGCAUAACACGGAGAAGAUGUUUGAAGUUCUUGAGCCUUUGCAUAAGAUGCUCCAGAAAGGGCCAGAGACUAUGCGGGAAGCUUCGUUCAAUAAUGCAUUUGGUAGAGAGUUGGCGGAUGCAUACGAGUGGGUGCUCAAUUACCGCCGUACCAAGGAUAUUACCAACUUGAACCAGGCAUGGGAUGUUUACUACAACGUUUUCCGUCGUAUUAGCAGACAAUUGCCACAACUACAGAGUUUGGAAUUGCUGUUUGUUUCACCUAAGCUUGAAGAAGCCCAGAAUCUUGAAUUGGCCGUCCCAGGUACUUAUGAAGCAGGUAAACCUAUCGUCUGCAUUGUUAAGUUCGACUCCACAUUCACUGUUAUCUCCUCGAAGCAGAGGCCAAGAAAACUCGUGUGCAAAGGAAGUGAUGGUAAGGAUUAUCAGUAUGUUCUUAAGGGUCAUGAAGAUAUCAGACAAGACAACUUGGUAAUGCAAUUGUUCGGAUUGGUCAACACUCUUUUGGCCAACGAUACUGAAUGUUUCAAGAGACAUUUGGACAUUCAGCAAUACCCAGCCAUCCCAUUGUCACCUAAGGUUGGUUUACUUGGAUGGGUGCCGAACAGUGAUACAUUCCAUGUUCUUAUUAGAGAAUACCGUGAAUCACGCAAGAUCUUGUUGAAUAUUGAGCACCGUAUUAUGUUGCAAAUGGCUCCUGAUUUUGAUAGUUUGACAUUGUUACAGAAGGUGGAGGUCUUCACUGGCGCUUUGGACAACACGAGAGGGCAAGAUUUAUACAAGGUCUUGUGGCUUAAGUCUAAGUCUUCUGAAGCUUGGCUUGAUAGGCGUACCACAUAUACCAGAUCGUUAGCGGUGAUGUCGAUGGUCGGAUACAUCUUGGGAUUAGGUGACAGACAUCCUUCGAACUUGAUGCUUGACAGAAUAACCGGUAAGGUCAUCCAUAUCGAUUUUGGUGAUUGUUUCGAGGCGGCAAUCUUGCGUGAGAAGUACCCAGAGAAGGUUCCAUUCAGACUUACCAGAAUGCUUAAUUAUGCUAUGGAAGUCAGUGGUAUCGAAGGUUCUUUCAGAAUUACGUGUGAGCAUGUCAUGAGAGUCUUGCGUGAUAACAAAGAAUCUCUUAUGGCUCUUUUGGAAGCGUUCGCUUAUGAUCCUUUGAUUAACUGGGGAUUCGACUUCCCUACCAAGGCGCUUGCAGAGGCCACUGGAAUUAAGGUGCAACAGUACAAUACAGCUGAGAUGAUGAAGAAGGGUGAGAUUGAUGAGCAGGAGGCUACAAAGUUAAACAAACAGAAUGCUCUUGAAAUCAGGAAUGCCAGAGCUGCCCUUGUUCUUAAGAGAAUCACCGACAAGUUGACUGGUAACGACAUCAAGAGAUUGAAGGGAUUGGAUAUUCCUACCCAGGUUGACAAGUUGAUCCAGCAAGCUACAAGCGUUGAAAACUUGUGCCAGCACUACAUUGGUUGGUGUUCUUUCUGGUAA